UAAGAUCGUAGCAACUGUUGGUCAUCCAAAGGAUGCCAACAAACGCCACGAUGAAAAAGUAAACAAAUGAAACACCAGUCGAGAUAAGAUGUUUUCAGGAAUAUUCAAGUGAGCAAACUGUAGGCAGUUUGCAAUAGAACCAACCCGAAGUCGAACGUUCAACAGGAGGCUCACGUAGGUUGAGGUUGAGUAUCUUUAAGCGUGAAAUCGGAAAAUUGUGAACUAGAGCAAAAUGAGUGAAUAUACAGACUGGCGUGCAAACAAUUCCGGCGACGAAGAUGAAGAUCAACCAGAUGAUGCACCUUUUUCGGGUCGUUCGGCACUGUUGUUACUGCUUGAUUGUGCCUCGUAUAUGUUCGAAAACGAUGCCGCAUCUGAGUCAAAAUUUGUUGAAUUUCUGGAUAUAGCAGAAGCUAUAAUGCGGAACAAAGUAAUAGCAAGUGAAAACGAUCUGAUUGGGGUGGUAUUCUACAAUACCAAAAACAGUCCCGCACCGGAAGCUGAAGAAGACUUGCACUCGUCGCUGGUGGCACCGAGACAGUGUGCUAUUUUUCUUCCUCUCACCACCAUUACGGUCGAAAUGAUACGCAUGAUUCGAGAUAUGCGUGCGUCGGAGGAUCACUUUCAGUUUGAGACUAAGUACGGUCACUCCGAGGGCACCAGUUUAGCGAACGUUUUAUGGCUUUGCUCGCGCAUUUUCUCGCAUUGUGGGUAUAAGCUGGAACAUUCAACGAUCGUAUUGUUCACGGGCAACGAUCAACCACACAGAAGCAACAGCAACGAAUACCAACAAGCUUUAGUGAAGGCAAGAGACCUAAUGCAAAAGGACAUUGCGGUAGCUCUCGUUCCGAUGGUCGACGAUUUCGACUGCAACAAAUUUUAUAAAGAAUUUUUGUGUACUGUCCUGGAGGAGGAUAUGGAGGAAUUUGUUGCACCAGUGUACCAACAGUCGAAGGAACAAUUACUACGUAGAAUUUUUUCUAGAGAUUUUAAAAAGCGAGCGUUAGCUCAUUUGAAGUGGCAUAUUUCAGAGGAUCUUGCACUUGGCGUUAAUCUGUACUCACUGUCGAGGAAACCUCGAUUCCCAAAAAAAGUUAAAUUGUUAAAGUCAACCAAUGAAAUUGUUGUAUCGAAGCGAGUAUACGUUUCUACUACUUUUCAAGAAGAGAACGAAGGGGAAGAAUCAAAGCCGCUCCUUCCCGGAGAACAGAGGAGGUCCAUUACUAUAGGUGGUGAAACAGUAUACUUCAAGCCCGAAGAAAUAAAUGCUAUGAAACAGAUGUUGCCUCCUGGCAUACGUCUGCUCGGAUUCAAACCGGCAGCAAAGAUAUUGAUAACAAAUCAUCUGCGAAGUAGUUUGUUUCUCUACCCGAACGAAAGUCGCAUCAAUGGAUCGACUACGCUGUUUCGUGCACUGUAUGAGAAAUGUCUUGAGAGAGGCCAGGUGGCAUACUGCAUUCUGACAAUGCGACGGAAAUGUCCUCCUAGAUUGGUGGCUCUUGUCCCGCAAGAAUUGGUACGUGAUGCUGAUGGUGAAAUUUUUCGCCCAAGUGGAUUCAGAGUCGAGUUUAUUCCUUAUGCAGCUGACAUAAGGAAUUUACCCAUGCUCGAGGAAACAACUCCUCCGGAGGUGACCAAGGAUCAGACCAAUCUUUUCAAAUCGGUUAUCAAAAAGAUCAAGUUUAAAUUCAGCCCGGCACAUUUUGAAAAUCCUGCUUCGAUGAAUCUGUUCCUAAAUGUUGAAUCCCUGUUGUUUGAGAAAGAAGAGGUAGAUUUAACGGAUUCGACGCGGCCCGAUUGUGAUAGAAUUGAUUCAAAAAUGGAAGCCCUUUUAAAUGAUAUGCAACAUUUGUUCGGCGAAGACCCGACAGAGGCACCGAAACGUACGCGAAAAGAUCCGAACGAAAAUGAGCCAAGAGCUAAGACCGCUCGAUCUGGACCGGAAAAUGAUGAUGAACUAGUAGAAAUGGUUAAAAGUGGCCAGGUUGCGAGCUUGACCGUGGCUUUGUUAAAAGAAUAUCUUCAAAGGCAAGGAGUAAGCGGCUUGUCUAAAAAAACGAAAGCAGAUUUAAUCGACCAGGUCCUUCGAAUCAACCAAAACUCGUGAAAGUUACUUAACUAAUAAUAAAGAAUAUGUUUUAAAAAUUUA